UUUGCAUAGCAAGCUACGAGUUUUGAAAUGUAAACUGAAAAUGUUAGUAUUGUCUGUACGUUUAGUUAUUGGGCUUCUUAUCUUUCAGAAAAUUUAGUACCUAUUGAUCACAUAGACAGAUAUAUCAAAAUUUUAUUGUGUUAUUAGUAUUCCUACUAUAAAGAUGGACUCUUCAGAUCUCCUCAAAAAGUUUUUGAAAGGAAUCCAAAAGGAUGACUCUCCAUCGAAAAUGAAUUUGAGAAACCUGAAAAAAUGGGAAAAUCAAUUGAAAAAAGUCUCUGAGGUUGCAAGUCCUGAAAAUUUAAUGAAAUGUGUAGUGCAUUUCAUAGAUUUUGUUGUUAAUUAUGCUUCUACACAGAGUCCACAAAACCAGCAUUCAAUUUGUGAAAAUAGUUUUGGAUUACUCAAGGACAUUGUAACUCCUGAACUAAAAAAUAUUUUUGUGAGACAUGUCACCAGAAGAAUAUUCGAUAUAGUCAUUGAAGAAACUGCUGCAAGUUGGUGCAUGAAAAGAGAACUGUUGAAAGUAUUCAACUGUUGCAUCUCAAGCUCAGACAAAUUCGUUAGAAAAAGGACAGUGCAGCAGCUCUCCGACAUGUAUAUNUCACAACGUUCCGAUUGUUAG